AUGCGAGUCAAGCGCGCGCGCAAGGUGCGAAAGUACCUGCGCUACUACCGCUCCGCGCACGGUUUUCGCGAGCCGUACAAGGUGAUUUGCGACGGAAACUUCAUCGCCGCCUGCGAAAAGCUCAACCUCGGCGACGCCAAAGACGUCGUCGCCAAGUACUUGGGCUCCAACGCGAAGGACGUCAAGGUGUUCACGACGCGAUGCGUGCAAGAGGAGCUGCGAAACAUGGGCCCGGAGUACAAGGGGGCGUCGAUGCAGACGAAGAAGUUGCACCUGGUGGGCGGCGGACCGGCGCCGGGAGAGGCGACGGCGGCGGCGUCCAUCGUCGACGCGUGCGGGGCGAAGAACGAGGAACGAUUCGUGGUGUGCACGCAAGACGAUACAUUGAAGGAGAAGUUGCGCGAGUGCGCGGGGGCGGUGCCGAUUGUGUUCGCGCACACGAGUGGGUUGCAGAUGGAGCCGCCGCCUGACGCGACGGCUGGGGGAUUGACGUCGCAGCAGGAAGAGGUGCUGGGAUUGAGCGCGGAGGAGCUGCGCGCGCUCGGGGUGGAUGAACGCGAAGUGCGCGAUGUGUACAAGGUUCGUACGAACGUCAAGUUCAAGAAGAAGUCGGGUGGGAAGAAUCCGUUGAGUUGUUUGAAGAAGAAGCAAAAGGCGGCGCCGACGCCGACGCCGACGCAGGGUGGGGAGAAAAAGAAACGAGCUCGACGCAAGAAAAAGAAUAGCGAAUGA